CAACUGGAAAAGAUGCCUUUGCCUGUGCAAGUAUUCAACUUUCAGGGGGUUGUGGAGCCCAUGCAGAUAGAUGCUGACCCACAAGAGGACCAGCAGAAUGCACCAGAUGUCAACUAUGUGGUGGAAAACCCCACGCUGGACCUGGAGCAGUAUGCGUCCAGCUACAGUGGUCUGAUGCGCAUUGAGAGGCUGCAGUUCAUAGCAGAGCACUGUCCCCAGCUCCGGGCUGAAGCCUUGAAGAUGGCCCUGUCCUUUGUCCAUAGGACCUUCAACGUUGACGUGUAUGAGGAGAUCCACCGCAAACUCACAGAGGCCACCAGAGAGGUCCAGGUGGCUACAGAUGCCGUUGUGGAGGGCGGGGCAGUGGAUCCCCCUCCUCUGGACACAGCGUGGGCCGAGUCGACCAGGAAAAAAGCCCUGCUCAAACUGGAGAAACUGGACACUGACCUGAAGAACUACAAAGGCAACUCCAUCAAAGAGAGCAUCAGGCGAGGUCAUGAUGAUCUUGGGGACCACUACUUGGACUGCGGUGACCUCAGCAAUGCCCUCAAGUGCUACUCCCGAGCCCGAGACUACUGCACUAGUGCCAAGCAUGUCAUAAACAUGUGUCUUAAUGUCAUCAAGGUUAGCGUCUACCUCCAGAACUGGUCCCACGUCCUUAGUUAUGUGAGCAAAGCUGAAUCCACUCCAGAGAUAGCAGAGCAACGAGGGGAGAGAGAUUGCCAGAGUCAGUCAGUCCUCACCAAAUUAAAAUGUGCUGCAGGCCUAGCAGAGUUGGCCUCCAGAAAGUACAAACAAGCAGCCAAGUGCUUCCUGCUGGCCUCCUUCGACCACUGUGACUUCGCUGAGCUCCUGUCCCCCAGUAAUGUAGCUGUGUACGGAGGGAUGUGUGCCCUCGCCACCUUCGACAGACAGGAGCUGCAGAAAAACGUCAUCUCAAGCAGCUCCUUUAAAUUAUUCCUAGAGUUGGAACCUCAGGUCCGUGACAUCAUCUUUAAGUUCUACGAGUCAAAGUACGCUUCCUGUCUCAAAAUGCUGGAUGAGAUCAAGGAUAACCUGCUGUUAGACAUGUAUCUGGCCCCCCACGUACAGACCCUCUACACACUGAUCAGGAACAGAGCUCUCAUACAGUACUUCAGCCCGUACGUGUCUGCAGACAUGACUAAGAUGUCCCAGUCCUUCAACACCACAGUGUUAGCUCUGGAGGAUGAACUGACCCAGCUCAUACUGGAGGGACUGAUCAACGCACGUAUAGACUCUCACAGCAAGAUCCUGUAUGCGCGGGAUGUCGAUCAGCGUAGCCACACGUUUGAGAAGUCGAUCCACAUGGGCAAAGAGUUCCAGAGACGAGCCAAAGCCAUGAUCCUACGAGCUGCCGUGCUGCGCAACCAGAUACACGUCAAGUCUCCUCCCAGAGAGGGAAGCCAAGGCGAACUUAACUCUGCCAACAGCCAAUCACGAAUGAGCACCAACAUGUGAACCUUCCCCUGAGACCUCUGUCUUACAGGAAGUUACCAUGUCAGUGGGUUCCGCCAGGGGGACCUAGCACCCCUCCACCCCAUCCUUCCAUCUCUGAGGCUCCUCCUCCGACUCAGUGCUGCAUCUGCCUGCUGAACGAAACAUACAAACUGAAACGUCAACUUUAAUAGGUUGCAGCUCAAAUGGCACCUUUAUUCAAUAUAUAGUGCACCAUGUUUGGCCCAUAGAGCUCUGGUCAACUGUAGUGCACUAUAUAGUGAAUAAGGGUGCCAUUUUGGACGCAGCCUAGGACUUUGUUCAUGUGAGAAGUGAACGUGAUCGUCCGUGUAGACUGAAGACUUGAUGAGCAAUCGGUGUGUUAAUGUUAUAGUGGGAAGUCUGUGUGCGUGUGUGGCGCUAUCUCUUCUCAGUAGUGUCCUCUUUUUUUUUUCCUUUGUAUGAGAUGCACUUUCAUUUUUCUUUCUGAUGAUGACAGACUUUGAAUUCACCGACUGAAGAUUAAACAGAACACACACAUACCUAAGAACCAAUGUCCACAAGAUCUGAUUUUAAAAUAAAUAUGUAUGAUAAUCA